AUGCACCACGCACAAUCAGUUGACCUCGUGAUGGGAGCAAGCAAUACUCUCCUCGACGUCCUCCCCAAGCUGCUCGAUCUCCUCGAAGACAAGUACAUACUGCAGGCUGCCGUCAAAAACCUCGUCGACUACCUCUACAAGGAGCUGGAAGCUCUGCAAGCUGCUCUCCACAAGGUUGGCAAGCUGGAGCAAGGCCAUGAGCUGGAGGCCGACCAGUGGGAUGAGGUGCUCAACUCCUGGGCCAGGGAUGCAAGGGACCUCUCGUAUGACGCUGAGGAUACCGUCGAUUCCUUAGCGGUGUGCGUCGAGGGCUCUGAUCCUGAGACAAAACUAAACGACGGCAUUGAGAGCCUUAUUCCGAGAACCUCUGCGUUGCUCAGCAGAGGGAAGGCUUGGCAUGAGAUCUCCGACGUCAUCGAUGACAUCACGGGUAAGGUCCAGGAUUUAGCUGCCCGACGUGAGAGGUACAAGGUCGGUGUGCACAUCGCUGCUAAUCAAAAUGUUGUAGCUAGAUUUGCCUCUCCCUUGUCAGCUGUGUACAAAUACCGAAAAGAUAUGGUUGCCAUCAAAGUUCCAAGGGACGAAGUGAUAAGGAUGCUGACAGCAGAUGGAACUGAUGACGUGAUCAAGAAGCUGAAGAUAGUCUCCAUUGUUGGAAUGGCAGGAUUGGGGAAGUCAACUCUUGCAAAAGUAGUGUAUGACAAGAUUCGAGCGCAAUAUGAUUGCACAGCUUUCAUUUUGGUAUCUAGGCAUCCUGACAUGAGGAAAGUUUUGAUGGAGAUCCUUUUUGAAAUUCACAAGCAAAUCUCUUGGGACAUUGGUUUGACAAAAUUCGAUGAAAGUCAGCUUAUUGAUGAAGUCAGGGUAUUACUUGCGAAGAAGAGGUACUUGAUCGUUUUUGAUGAUAUAUGGGAUGCAAAGUUGUGCAGAGUAAUCAAACUCGCUUUGAGAGAUAAUGGACUUGGUAGCAGGGUAGUCACAACUAGUCGGAUUUUGGAAGUCGCUGUCCAUGCCAGUUAUGUUUACAUGCCAAAAGCACUUUCUCGUUCGCACUCUGAAGAAUUAUUUAAUACAAGAUUGUUUGGUGGUAAAGACAAUGCCCCUUUGGUUGUGCAGAAGGUACCUGAAAAGCUUUUACAGAAAUGUGAUGGUGUACCAUUAGCAAUCAUUACAAUGGCUAGUUUGUUAUCUGGGAAACCAAUGGAGUAUUGGUCUAAGGUGUACAAAAAUAUUGGUUUUGGGUCUGAGGUUGGAGGGAAAACAGAUGUUCUAGACAACAUAAGAAAGAUAUUAUUAUGUACCUAUAAUGAUCUGCCUCAUCACCUGAGGGCAUGUUUAUUGCAUCUACACAUUUUCCCAGUGAAUUGCAUGAUCAAGAAAGAAACCUUGAUCUGGAAAUGGGCAGCCGAAGGUUUAAUUGUCGAGGAACCAGGGAGAGGGUUAUUUGAGCUUGGAGAAGGAUACUUCCAGGAACUCAUAAACAGAAACAUGGUCAUGCCGGUAGAGGAUGACUUACAUCCUGGAAAGUUAAUGGGUUGCCGUGUCCAUGAACUUGUUUUUGAGAUGAUCUGUUCCUUAUCACCUGAACAUAACUUUGUUACCGUCCUGGAUGGUAGGAAGGAACAAGCCCCGGUUGGAAGGAAGGCUCGUAGGCUAGCUGUCCAGAAGUGGGCCGCGGAGCACCCUCUGGCUAAUAUUCGCCCAGAAAGCCUGAGGUCGUUUAAUACCACAAGGUGUCGUUUUAGUAUGGAAGUUUCACCUUCAAGGUUUAAGCUUUUGCGUGUGAUUGCUAUAGAAGAAUGUACUUUCUUGGGAGGCAGCCCUUAUCCACUUAAGCAUGUAAGCAAGUUACUCUUGUUGAGGUACCUCGGACUAUAUAACACACGUGUUGGUGAGCUACCAGAAAACAUAGGUGAUCUGAUUUAUCUGCAGACACUGGACCUGAGAGGAACCGCGGUAAGAAUAUUGCCAUGGAGAGUUGCUCAGUUAAGGCAGCUCAAGUGCCUGCGAGCUGGUAAAGGUACAACAGUGCCGGAUUGUAUGGGAAAUCUUACAUCCUUACAAGAGCUAAGACUGGGCGAGGUCGGCAGGUCGGACAACUUUGUGAAUGAGCUGGGCGGACUAAGAGAGCUCAGGGAGCUUGAGAUUUGGAUUGAAGAGUUGUAUGACCGCCAGAAGGAAGCUUUGGUGCAGUCUAUGAGAAAACUAGAGAAAAUCCAAGUCCUAAGACUUAUGGGAGGUUGGAGGUUGGCAGGUAAUGAGCUUAACUUGGUAGACUUUGACCCACCUCGACAACUCCGUGAGUUGCACCUCAGCGUCAGAUCAUCUCGGCUGCCGGCCUGGAUCAAUGUCUCCCGAGUUCCAAUGCUCUCAUACUUGUGUGUGUACGUGAGCGAUGUGGGGGAUCAGGAUCUGGAUAUCCUUGGGGCUUUGCCAGAGCUCAUUAGUUUGGAGCUCCUGACGCUGAGGGACGUCUUCCUCAGCAUCAAGGGCGGCGGUGCAUUCCCCAGGUUGAGGUUCUUUAACACCUUCACACCAUUCCUGUUUCUACCGGGGGCUAUGCCGAGACUGGAAACCCUUCGCUUCCAAUAUUACCACUGCGCUGCAGGCGACGUUAAUUUUGCUAAUUACUUUGUUGCACUGAAGCGUGAAGUGGAUGAACAUCCGAACAGUCCCAGCCUACAUGUCGUCAAAGCUUAUGGGGUGAGCACUGCAAGCUGA